AUGCAAAUUCAAUUAAGUGACCAAUACUCAUCGUCAGAAAUCUAUGAAGCAGGUGAUGAAAUUCUUAAAUUACAAUAUAAUUUAAAUAGAAUAGAAGAAUUAUAUCAUAAUUUAUAUUCAACAUUGAAUGAUCAACAAAUAAAUGUUGAAGAAAUUCAAACAUCUAUAAAUCAAACACAAACAAAUCUAGAAAAAGGUGGUUUAGAUUUACAUCAAAUAUUACAAUCAAAAAGACGAAAAGAUAAACAUCGAUGUUUUAUCAUCAUAUUUAUAUGUACAACAGCUUGCUUCUUUCUUCUUAUGGUUAUAACUGCUCUUAUUAAUGUUAUUAAAACAUUUGGAUUUAAACGAAUAACAAAAUCAAUUAGUGAUGAAUAA